CUCCGUCCCUGCUCUGUCCCAGCACUUUGAGUCGUGACACGGGGCCAGCAUGACUCCAAAACCCAGAUGAAAUGCAAUUGCUCUGUGUGUGUCAAGGGUUUGUUCAACCUAUCCCAAGCUCAGGAAAUCUCCUGCGCCUUUUAGAUAGAAGAGAAGAUUGCCUUCCUGUUGUAUUCCCAGAUAACACAGCUCUGAUCGAGCCUGCAUGUAAAUAGCUUAAUAGAUUUAAUCAGUUCCUUUGGAAAAUUUUGUGGUUUCCGCGAGGUUUUCGGAUGGUCCGGAGGAGCAGCACUGCAGCAAUCCCACAAACCAGGAAACCCAGACGGAUCACAAACCUCGCUUCCCAUCCCCUGCAACCUGCCCAGAGUCAAUAGGAACACCCAGGCACGCGGAUCUACCUGCACAAACACCCUGCCCUUGGAUUUUUCCCCUUCUCUCUGCAUCGGGGGCAGCUCGAGGAAAUGCCUUCCCCUCUGGCCCCAAAGCUUUCUGGCAGCUCAGGGAGGAAAUCCACCAUCCGUCAAAGCCAAGCCCAUGUCAGGGGGUCAGAAUCAUAAAGGAAUCAAGCGGCUGAAAUAUAUUCCUCAGGGCUGAAUUGGGCAAGGGGUCUGGUUCAGUCCCAUCGCCUUCAUGCCAGUUCUAAGUCCCAACUGGAACUGAGCCCCCCAGAGGUGAUUAUCCUGCACUAAAAUGGGGUUUAGGAUUUGUUCAUGGGGUAUAUGGCGAUGUGAUGGUGGUGCUUCCAUCCCAUCUGGGCUUUGCACCGCGACACACAGCAGUGAGAAGACCAUAAAGUGUCACGUUGGCCCUCCGCCUCCUGACGUCCCAGCGGUGAGCAAUGGGGACUUAAUAGGGAUGCUGCAGCCCCUCUGCUGUCCUCGGCUCUGUGUGACCCCACAAAACUCCCCACCAGGUCCCAGCUUCUUCCCACAGGAGGGAGGCAAAUCCUGGAAGGCUCUGAGCCUCUCACAGAAGCGACCCUAUGUGGAGGAGGCCGAGCGGCUGCGGGUCAAGCACAUGCAAGAUUAUCCCAACUACAAGUACCGGCCCCGGAGGAAGAAGCAAGUCAAGAGGAUCUGCAAGCGGGUAGACCCCGGUUUUUUGCUGGGCAGCCUCGCACGGGACCAAAACGCCGUGCCUGAGAAGCGGACCUGUGGCCGGGCCGGGGGUGAGAAAGAGGGGCCGGGUGAGUAUCCACCUCGCCCGGGGCUGCCACCCAUCCGGGGCUACCGGGAUCCCCCAGGCAGCGGCAGCAGCACCAGUGUGGACGCCUACCCGUAUGGGCUGCCCACCCCUCCUGAGAUGUCUCCGUUGGACGCCAUAGACCCAGAACAGAGCUUCUUCUCCUCACCCUGCCCUGAGGAGCAUCACCGCUCCCACCUCGCCGGAGCUUCCUUCUCCCCGGAGUACGCGGGCAGCUCCCUCCCGUGCAACCACCACCCGCUCAGCCCCAUGCCGCAGCCAAAUUCCUGCAUGAUCCCCCCGGCCUCCAGCUGUCCUCCCCUUCCUCCUCCUCCUCCUCCAAGCUACUACACACCCGCUUUCCCCUCUUUGCACCCCACCAGCCUCCACGCCCACCUGGGCCAGCUCUCUCCACCGCCCGACCACCAUGGCUUCGACACCUUGGACCAGCUGAGCCAAGCUGAGCUGCUGGGAGAGAUGGACCGUAAUGAAUUCGACCAAUAUCUCAACACCCCCGGCCACAGUGACCACCAUGCUGGAGGUUUGGCCAAUGGACACGUCCCUGUGGCCUCGACAGCUGGCAGCUCCCAUGCUGCAGAGACCAGCCUCAUCUCCGUCCUUGCCGACGCCACGGCCACCUACUACAACAACUACAGCGUCUCCUAGAGCCGUGGCCACGUAGACCUGCUGAGGAAGGACCUGGCGGUAUUGCAAGGGGACAUUGCUCGUUUCCCCUUAGGGUGUCCGAAUCCGAACCACGAGGGCCAUGGAGUCUCCUUGGUGCUUAGGUAAAGGAUUUCGGUCGUCAGCUUGCCACCGGUGCAAAGCGUUGGGUGUCGUGCUCCAAAAUGGCCAAGGGGGGUUCCUGCUGUCAAAGCCCCUCUUCCAAAGCAGAGAUGGUCUGGGUGCACAGGAAGGCUGCAUCCUGUUUUGGGGUACCCUCAAUUCUGCUUUGGAGUUGGGAGAGUCACGACAGCUCGCAAACAGCAUGGGCGAAACCCCUUUGAAUGGGAAAAGUCAGGAAGUGGGGAAAAAGGGAAGAGUUUGCUAAAUGAGCAUGUGAUCUGUGAGUGCGCUUUACCCCAAGAGCCUACUCUGGGUUUUGGGCCCAGGCAAGCAGUGCUGCCCCAUGUCCCUGCUCUUGGUGUUGGUGAUGCUGCCUCCCAGCCAGGCCGAGCACACCAGCAGAGUCAAACAUUGCCUUUCCCCCAUCCCCAAACAUGUUGCAUUGUCCCAAGUGGUGUCUUCAUCCCUGGGGACCCCCCAGAGGACAAGGCAGCAGCCCUGGGUGGGCACCAGAGGCAGCAUGGGGUGCAACCUCCAUGCAUUUCGGGGGAGGCUGAGAUCAGGGGUGCAUGGCAGGAUCCGGCCCUGUAUGCAUCCUGCUUGGCCUCCCAACAAGAGCGAUCCCAAAGUGGGAGCGGCAGGAGCUCCGCACACCACCAGGCCAGGAAAAAGUCUUCAGAUGAGCACUUUGGCAAAGAGAUGAUGAUGUAGCAGACACGUUUUUAUCAAGCAUCCUUUGAGGACGAACGCUUAAUGUUUCGAGCCGCAGUGCCCAAUGUCUCCUCUAACUUCCACGUAUUAUUGCUUGUAAUAAAGCUGUACAUUGAUUUAUUCCUUCCAUUAUUCCUCCCCUCGGAUUUUGUAUUGCUCGAGUUCUCUUUCUUUUCAUAAAGAUGAAGCUUUAUUUUAAAUCAGUUAUAUGACAUGAUUAAUCUUAGUGUUUACUGUAUGGCACUUGGUAAUGAUUAGUUAGUAGCGUGGCUAUGAUUUUCUGGUUUCAGUCCCAAACGUGUAUUAAUAAUAAUUGCAAAUAAUACUCAAAAAACAUGACUUCCCAGGUUUUUAAGCUAAUACAUUCCAUCUUUUUUUGUGUGACUCUAUGCAUUUUGAAUGAGUGUACAUAUGAGUUUGCAUAAAAUAUUUAAUUUAAAUAAAUAUGUUUUUAUACGAUGAUUGUUUUAUGAUUUAAAUUGCUGUAGCUAUUGACAACGUUUUCAAAGGAGAAACAUUUCCUGUGCGAGUGCUAUUUUUUUAAGGUUUUGUUGUUGUUAUUGUUGGUAUUUUCAGCCAAACUUUUCUACUUCCGUUUUUUGGUUGUUGGUUUUUUGUUUUGUUUUUUUUUUAAUAAAAAAGAUCCGUGGUUAUCUUUA